AUGCUUGGCGUAAAGCACUUGCGGACGACAGCGUAUCACCCCCAGUCCAACGGCGUUAUUGAGCGCUGGCAUCGAACAUUAAAAUCAGCCAUCAAGUGCUACGCUUCGAACGAUUGGAGUUUCGUUCUACCACUGGUGCUACUCGGGUUGCGCUCCACGACAAAAGAAGACAUAGGUGCCAGCGCAACAGAUGUGGUAUCCGGUGCGCCAAUCAGAUUACCGGGCGAGCUUUUACAGUCAUCAACUCGUAGCACCAGCGAAGUGGAGUUUGCUGAAAAGUUGCGCACGGCAAUGCAAGCGCUGCGACCUGCGCCUACGUCACAUCACAUCACACCAGCAACUUUUGUGCAGACCGAGUUUAAGGAAGCAGCAUUCGUUUUUGUACGCGUAGAUCGCGUAAAAUCACCGCUGGAAGCAUCCUACGAAGGUCCAUUUGAGGUGGUUGAGCGUGGUGAAAAAUACUACAAGAUAAAGAUGUUUCACUGA